UGGUCCGUGUCUACCCCCCCACACACCUCCACCCUCCAGCAGGACCACCAUGGCGGAACUGUGCCCCCUAGCCGAGGAGCUGUCGUGCUCCAUCUGUCUGGAGCCCUUCAAGUUGCCGGUCACCACCCCGUGUGGCCACAACUUCUGCGGGUCGUGCCUGGACGGGACCUGGGCGGCCCAGGGGGCUCCGUACAGCUGCCCGCAGUGCCGUGCCGUCUACCGCUCCCGUCCGCAGCUGCAGAAAAACACGGUGCUGUGCGCCAUCGUGGAGCAGUUCCUGCAGGCUGAGGUGGCCCAGGAAGUGGUCCCCGACGGUUGGACGCCCCCCUGCCGCCGCACGGAGGCCGCCCGCGUGGCCUGUGAUCUGUGCCUGAAGGAGGCGGCGGUCAAGACCUGCCUCGUGUGCAUGGCCUCCUUCUGCUCCGAGCACCUGCGGCCGCACCUCGACAGCCCCGCUUUCCGCGACCACACGCUGCAGCCGCCCAUCUGCAACCUGAUGAACCGAAAAUGCCCGCAGCACAACCGUCUGCGGGAACUCUUCUGCCCCCAGCACAGCCAGUGCAUCUGUCACAUCUGCCUGGUGGAGCACAAGGCCUGCUCGCCUGUGACCCUGAGCCAGGCCAGCGCCGACCUGGAGGCCAAGCUGAGGAGUAAACUGGCCGUCAUCCAUGGCCAGAUCAACGGCGCAGGGGUGGCACUGGAGGACGUGCGAGCCCGGCAGCAGAUAGUGCAGGAGGCUGCACGGAAGAAGCUGGAGCAGAUUAGUCUAGAAUACGUGGAAAUGAAGGCUCUGCUGGAUGCCUCGGAAGCCAGCUCAACACGAAAGAUCAAGGAAGAGGAGAAGAGGGUCAACAACAAGCUGGACUCCAUCUACCAGAUCCUUCUCAAGAAGCAGAACGAGAUCAAGGCUGCCAAGGAGGAGAUCGAGCACGCUCUGACCAAGGAGGAUGAGUUUGAGCUUCUGGAGAAAUCGGGAAAGCUGCAAGCAUUGAGCACCAAGUCGGUCUACGUGCCGAAGGUGGAGCUGAACCAGGAGCUGGUGAAGGAGGUGUGCCAGAGCUCCUCGGAACUCAAACACCAGCUGAAGCAGUGCCUCAAGCAGCAGCAAGACAAGAAGAAGCCUGAGGAGCCCACCAGCUCACGGGUCCCCAGAGAGUAUGUCGCAACGCCCUCUGCCCCCAAAGCGCCCCCGCACCCUGCGAAGAAGGUCCCAAAGGAAGAAAAGAAACAACCCAAGAAACCUUCUGCCUUCCCCAGCAAGGGCCCCACUUUCGGAGCCCCAGAGCAGCUAGUGGAUCUGAAACAAGCUGGCCUCAAUGCUGCAGCCCCAGUCUUGCCCGUGCAGCCUAACCCGAGUGUUCUCAAGGCCAAGAUUCUGGAGGCCUUCUUGGUGAAGACCAGAGCCGAGCUUCUGGAGUAUGCUGCUAAGGUCAUCCUGGACUACAACACCGCACACAUCAUGGUGGCCCUGUCAGAGAACUACACUGUCGCGUCCGCCGUGGACACAGUGCAGAAGUACCGCCCGCACCCACAGAGGUUCCUGUACGAGUGCCCGCAGGUGCUGGGCCUGCACUGCUACAAGAAGGGUGUCCACUACUGGGAGGUGGAGCUGCACAAGAGCAACUUCUGCGGGGUGGGCGUCUGCUACGGCAGCAUGGCACGCCAGGGCGCGCCGGGCCGCCUGGGCCGCAACAGCAGCUCCUGGUGCGUGGAGUGGUUCAACACGGAGAUCUCCACCUGGCACAACAACGUGAAGAAAACCCUGCCCCCGACCAAGGCCACCCGGGUGGGCGUGCUCCUCAACUGCGACCACGGCUUCGUCAUCUUCUUCGCGGUGAUGGAGAAGACCCACGUGCUGUAUAAGUACCGGGUGGACUUCGAGGAGGCGCUGUACCCUGCCUUCUGGGUCUUCUCCGCCGGCACCUCCAUCUCCAUCUGCUCCAACAAGAACUGA